AUGGCGGUUUUCGCCGUCUCUGGAAGCGUCGUCUUCCUCGCGAGUCAAUUUCAUAAACGUCUCCUCUCCGAUUACAUGGACAAGUUCGAAUUCGAAAUCCGAUCGCGGGAAAACGUGGUGAUGAAGAAGAAGGUGAGAUUCGCGGCGGAUGUGGUGGAGCCGUCGGGGAAUAAUAAAGAGUAUCGCCGGAGACACUCCUUUAAAGCCAAAUCUGAUAAGCAAUCGAAGAUGGUCGCAACUAUUUGA